UUUUUUUGUUUUUGUGUUUUUGGUUUUUUUUUUAUUUAGCUUGUGACAGAAAAUUAUUUUCAGACUGCAAGCUUGGGCGAGCUGAACUAAAACUCUCUUCUCCUUUUAUUCAGUUCUGCUUUAUUUAAUGUCUACUGAAACCAUCAAAAUGUCAGCUGUUGUAAUUGAGCUGGAUAAGAUUCCAUCAGAUGAGACUGAGAGCAGAAGGGAUCCCAAGCCAGAUUUUAAGCAAGGCAAAUCCAGUCACUCUUGUGCUGAUUAUCUUGGUUUUGAACUUCGCUGCUCGCGCUCUGCACCAGCUGGUAUGAAUACAAGCAAGAGCGAGACAGUGAAAGAACACCCAUUAAAACCUUCCAGAAGAUCUAUGCCAUGCCUGGCCCAGAGCCAAACACAUCCUCAGAGCCUGAGCAAGCAUUCCUCGUUUCUGCAGCCGAAUCGAGUGCAGCCCCAGCCCCAGCCCUCAGGGGCAGGGUCAUCAGCAGCUGCCGUGGAUCUCGUGUCACAGCGAGCUAAAGUGAUGGAGACUUUGGAAAACAACUUGAUUAAGCUGUCUAAUACAGAAUACAGUGAUCCAUUUUUAGAUGUAGGAAAGAACAAAGAUACAUAUGCACAUGAUUCAGAACAUGGGAGUUUUGAUGCUCGUACAGAUCAGUCAUUGCUUAUUCAAAAUAAGCUCACCAGGCAGAGAGCAGAACCUCGAACUAAAUCAUCUUUAAAGAGUGAUUCCAUGGCAUCAUCAGGACUCUUCUUCAAAGAUGGCAAGAAGCGCAUUGACUACAUCUUGGUCUACAAGAAAUCGAGUCCACAGGUAGAGAAAAGAAGCACAUUUGAGAAGAAUUUGAGAGCAGAAGGGCUGAUGUUGGAACGGGAGCCAGCUGUUACCAACAGUGAUAUCAUGUUUGUUAAAAUUCACUGUCCAUGGGAGACAUUAUGCAAAUAUGCAGAAAGAAUGAACAUCAGGAUGCCUUUCAGGAAAAAAUGUUAUUACACUGACUGGAGGAGCAAAACCAUGGGCAGUUUGCAGAGGAAUAUCAGAGAGCUGAAGAGUUGGUUGCCCAGAAAUCCCAUGAAGCUGGACAAGGAGGCGCUGCCCGACCUGGAGGAAACAGAUUGUUACACAGCCCCGUUCAGCCGCGCCCGCAUCCACCAUUUUACAAUAAACAACAAAGACAGCUUCUUCAGCAAUUCCACAAGAAGCAGAAUUGUGCAUCAUGUGCUACAGAGAACUAAGUAUGAAGAUGGAAAAUCCAAAAUGGGUAUUAAUAGGUUACUAAGUAAUGGAACAUAUGAAGCAGCAUUUCCACCACAUGAGGGGAGCCACAAAAGCAGACAUCCCAUCAAAACACAUGGAGCACAGAACCACAGGCACCUGCUGUAUGAGCGCUGGGCACGGUGGGGAAUGUGGUACAAGUACCAGCCUCUGGACUUAAUCAGGCGUUACUUUGGUGAAAAAAUUGGGCUGUAUUUUGCCUGGCUGGGAUGGUAUACUGGAAUGCUUAUUCCUGCUGCUCUGGUUGGGCUCUUUGUUUUCCUCUAUGGAUUAUUUACAAUGGAUUCCAGCCAAGUGAGCAGGGAGAUCUGUGAGGCCAAUGAGACCAUCAUGUGCCCCAUGUGCGAGCGCAACUGCACGCUGCAGAAACUCAACGAGAGCUGCAUCUAUGCCAAGGUUACACAUUUGUUUGAUAAUGGAGGUACUGUCUUCUUUGCAAUUUUCAUGGCAAUUUGGGCAACAGUCUUCCUGGAGUUUUGGAAGAGACGGAGAGCUGUCUUAACUUAUGACUGGGACCUCAUAGACUGGGAGGAUGAAGAGGAGGAGCUGCGUCCCCAGUUUGAAGCUAAAUAUUCCCAAGUGGAAAGAGUAAAUCCCAUCACAGGAAAACCUGAACCUUUCCAGCCUUUCCCUGAUAAGCUCAGUCGACUGAUGGUGUCUGUCUCAGGAAUAUUCUUCAUGAUUUCACUGGUCCUCACUGCAGUGUUUGCAGUUGUGGUGUAUCGACUGGUAGCCAUGGAGCAGUUUGCUUCUUUCAAGUGGUAUUUCAUCAAGAAGUAUUGGCAGUUUGCAACAUCUGGCACUGGAGUCUGUAUCAAUUUUAUGAUCAUCAUGUCACUCAACGUUGUGUAUGAAAAGGUUGCCUAUCUCCUGACAGACUUAGAGCACCCCAGAACAGAAUCUGAGUGGGAGAAUAGCUUUGCCUUGAAAAUGUUCCUCUUCCAGUUUGUCAACUUGAACAGCUCCAUCUUCUACAUUGCCUUUUUUCUUGGCAGAUUUGCAGGCCGCCCAGGAAAGUACAACAAGCUUUUUAACAGAUGGAGGCUGGAAGAGUGUCAUCCCAGUGGCUGUUUGAUAGAUCUGUGCUUACAAAUGGGAGUUAUUAUGGUUUUAAAACAAAUGUGGAACAACUUCAUGGAACUGGGCUAUCCUUUAUUACAGAACUGGUGGUCACGACGCAAAAUGAAGAGAAGAGGGCAAUCAGUGGAGAACAAAAUUUCUCUGCCCCAGUGGGAAAAAGAUUGGAAUCUGCAACCUAUGAAUCUCCAUGGCUUAAUGGAUGAAUAUUUGGAGAUGGUUUUACAGUUUGGCUUUACCACCAUCUUUGUUGCUGCCUUCCCACUGGCACCUCUCCUGGCACUGCUCAACAACAUCAUAGAGAUCAGGCUGGAUGCCUACAAGUUUGUCACUCAGUGGAGGAGACCCAUGCCUGCAAGAGCCACAGAUAUAGGUAUUUGGUAUGGAAUUCUGGAAGGAAUUGGAGUUCUGGCUGUCAUCACCAAUGCCUUUGUUAUUGCCAUUACUUCUGAUUACAUUCCACGUUUUGUCUAUGCAUACAAAUAUGGUCCUUGUACAGAUCAAGGGUACAGACAAGAAAAAUGCUUAAAAGGAUAUGUCAACAGCAGUUUGUCAGUGUUUGAUUUGAGUGAACUUGGGAUGGGAUACUCAGGAUACUGUAGGUAUAGAGACUACAGAGCCCCACCAUGGAGUUCAACCCCCUAUGAAUUCACUUUGCAGUUUUGGCAUGUCCUGGCAGCAAGGCUGGCCUUCAUAAUAGUGUUUGAGCACCUUGUUUUUGGAAUAAAGUCUUUCAUUGCCUACCUGAUUCCAGACAUACCCAAAGACUUGUGUGACAGAAUGAGAAGAGAGAAAUACUUAGUCCAGGAAAUGAUGUAUGAGGCAGAGCUGGAACAUUUGCAAAGAGAAAGGAAAAAGAAUGGGAAACAGUAUCACCACGAGUGGCCUUAGUCACUACCAUGGCACAAGGAAAACACCUUUUGAAACUGGAGAGUGAAGUUACAGAAUGGAGCCAGCCUGGAGUCAGUGUGGGAUCUGGUGGUGGUGUCUGUGUGCUCCUGCUGGGCAGUGCAGUGCAUUCCUUGGUGGGCACUGAAAAAUCGAUGUUUCCAAUGAUGGCAGUGAAAAGCCUUACCUGUAACUGGUCUGUGGUGAGCUCCAGUGACAAUUGGCACUCAGAAAUGUGCAGACAGAUUGGAAACCUGGACCCUGUUGUAAAAAAAGGCAAUGGAUUUUCAUGCUGUUUAUGAAGAUACUAUAAGCAUGACAAAAACAGAAAAUUACAUGUGAACCUAUAGAGUAAGGGCAUGACUAAAACCAAUUUUACAUGAUAUUGACUACUUCUACAGCUUCUGAUUGCUCAGCUGCAUUUGUUAAUGCCUCUAAAAAAAGAGAAGUUGUUGCCUUUGUGGCCAUGACUUGAUCUUUCAGGCUUACUGUUUUGUCAGGUUUAGUCUCUUGUUGAGAUUGUGGAUGUGGUCCUACCCUAAAAAAGGGGUCUGUGGCUGCUAAAUAUAUACUAUGCAGUUUAAGAUUUGCACAUCAGUAUCAUUAAUUUAUCCAUCUAGUUGAAAACCAAAAAGUCCAAAUUCAGAAAGAAAACAGCAACACUAAGACAAUGUAAUUUUCUGUUUGAAAAUUACACAGCUGUUGAGUUGUCUUUCCCCUUUUGUGUGAGGAAAGGCCAUCUCCUCAUAUUUCCAGGAUGGAAGAAGUGUCAUUUUCAUGCUGGCUGUGUUACUGUUCCUCUUGGUCUGUCUGGGCAAUGACUCCAUGACUUCACAGAAUGCUAACUUGAAAAACUCCCAUGCAGUGCAAAUGACUUUCUCUUCAAAAUACAAUUAUACCUUUAUAGUAUGCAAGCUUCUGCAGAUAUAUAUGAGACAUGCAGUAUAACUUUGUGGCUUGCUUGUUCAGGGAAGGAAAAGAAGAGCAAUUUGUAACAAUGCUCUUCUUAUUGUAAUAGUAAAUUGCAUUAAUGUACACUUUUUUAUUGGCCUAAAUAUGUCAUAACACUGGAGCUGGACACAGGCAAAUAUAUAUACAGACUGUAUAUAAGUGCAUACACACAAGCUGGUUAUUCUUAGAUUUAGUAGUAGUAGUUGUAGUAGUACUUUGCCUUCUUACACUUUGGGGGGGAUUUUUUUGAUAAAAUCACUAAAAAAGUAGUUGUUCAUUGAAGUAUCAAAUUUCAGUUUUUAUGUGCAAGCAGCAUACUGCAGCGUUGGUUGUGGUUAAUAGUCACAUUUUGGUGAUGAGGUUGUCUGUUACAAAUGUUUCAUAAUUCAAGUACUUAAUGUUCAAACUAGUUUGAAGGGACACCUGGCAGGGAAGGGAGUAGAUAAACAGAGUUACAGUUGUUCUGUUUCUGCUGUACAAUUUUUAAUAAUUCUUCUCUAUAUUGGAUGAGAAAAAUCUGAAAAACAGAGUCAGCAAAGCACAGUAGCUACAAAGUUACCAAUUUUGACAUUAUUUUUAGGGAUAAAGCUGCCUCAAAAUCACUACUGACAGUUAUGAAAAGACCUGAAUUUUUGCUAUUUACACUAUCCUGUUGAAUUAAAAAGUGUGAUUCCAGUAUUCACUUACAUUUAUUAGCACAAUAAUUGUAUUUUAUUUCGUUGAAAUUAAUUUCAAGAGUCAAGAACCCAUCAAAGUGGAUAAAUAACAUCAGAUUUUUAAGUCCUUCAGUUGUUUCACCACUUUCAUGAGAUUUCUUGGUUAAUUUCCUCUCUGUUACCAGACAAGGCACUUGUGGGAGUAUCUAUAGUACUGCAUGAAAGGAGGAAAGAAAUUUGAAGGUCUGGUCCAGUCAUGUACACUACCCAUUCCUUCUGUGAUAAAGGGCUGGUGGGACUCAGCUUGCCAUAUUUUGGAAAGGCUGUUUUGUUCCUUCAUAUUCUGGUUGUGCAUUAAGUUCCUCAGGAGUCAAUAUCAGGAAAAAAAUCACUGCACUCUCCUCAGUGCUAAUAGACUCACAAGGUUUGGUUUAAGUUAUUGUCUCUGUCUCAUUCUGUGGAUUGCCAAGCACUGUUUGACAGCAUUAACCUGUGUCACAGUUUUUGUUUCUGGGCCACCUGGUGAUAAUAUUUCAAUGCUUCAGGUCACAGAUGAGCUCUUUUUAAUAUUUGCUCUAAAAACAAAAUGUCUUUGCUUGCCCAGCUUUUAAGGAUACAAGGUAAAAUCAGGCCAAAAUCAGAAUUACUAUUUUAUACUUUCUUCUUUCUGCUGUUGAUAUUGGCACGUGUCAAUACAUAACUAGGCAAAUUCCAAUUGGACUUGAAAAGCUACAUUAAAAAAUCCUUUUGGAUUUGAUGUUUACAUAUAUAUAUUAUGAGUUUUUUUCAGCACUGGAAUACAGAGGCAUAUGAAAGGUGAGUAUGUAGAUCUGACAGGGUGGAUUUUAUGCACUGGAAAAGCACAAGAAGUUUGAAGGAACACUCUGCCUGUCCUGUACUUUUGGAGGACAUCAGCAAUGUGUAAAGGUCUUGCCACUGUCUGGCCAUUUGCUGAAGCUGAGAAACCUUUGUGCUGGACUUUGCUUAGUAUGCUGUUUUCAUGGACUGCACGUUAUUUUCCUAAAGAACAAGGCACACACUGUCCUCAGGAAUAAUGUAUUUUUUGAAUGGUGAAUGAUCUUUUCAUAUUCUAAGUAUUGUAUUUUCAAACAAAUGAUUAGUAUGACUAGACUGUGCAUGCAGGCUGCAUUUGUGAAAUUUGACAGAGCUUUAGAACUCAAUUUGUGCAAAAAUGCUUUAGAUCAUUGCAGAUCUGAUCUCUGAAAACUUUGCUCUAUGCAUGCGCCCUUAGAGAGACUGCAUGGGCAACUAGAUUUUUUAUAUUAAAAAUAUUUGUUCAAAAUGUGUUACUUAUUCUUAACCAAAUUAUGCAUCUGGGUUCAGACAAAAGAAACUUCCAUUUCAGAAAUGGCACAAAGCCCAGAUCCAUUGUAUACACCUCAUUUCUUACGACUUUUUAUUCUAAAUUUGUGCCUAAUGUGUGAGAUCUGAACUUUGGUGAAUAAAAAAAGUUUUAUUGGACAUCCUAAUGAGAAGUUCCCCGAAUUUUGUCUGUGCAAAGAGGGAGGCAUUAAGAGUGUUCACAACUAAGAGCUAAGGCUUGUCU